GGUUUGGGUUUGUCAAUUUUGACAUAACCAGAAAAAUGGCUGGUACCCUAGCUCGAGUAAUUCAAGGGACAAAAACAAAUUUGGGGAUUGUUGGCCCUUUGAUAAAUAUCAGUAAUGUGCCGGUGAGAUGCCAACAAACUCAGGCACCACCCACCAAAAGCCAAUAUGGGCCCUUGGCGGAUAGUGACAGGAUUUUCACUAACCUAUACGGUCGGCAUGAGUGGCGUUUGAAGGGGGCUCUUAGCCGUGGUGACUGGUAUUUGACGAAGGAUAUCUUGUUGAAAGGCACCGAUUGGAUAGUCAAUGAACUCAAGACAUCUGGUCUCCGUGGACGUGGUGGUGCUGGUUUCCCCACUGGCAUGAAAUGGUCUUUCAUGAACAAGCCUGCUGAUGGUCGUCCAAAGUACCUUGUUGUGAAUGCUGAUGAGGGUGAGCCAGGGACUUGUAAGGAUCGUGAAAUUAUGCGCCAUGAUCCACAUAAGCUGGUUGAAGGUUGUCUGAUAGCUGGUCGUGCUAUGGGAGCAUCAGCUGCUUAUAUUUAUAUAAGAGGAGAAUUUUAUAAUGAAGCCAGUAACUUACAAGUUGCCAUAGCAGAGGCAUAUCAAGCUGGAUUAAUUGGCAAGAAUGCAUGUGGUUCAGGUUAUGACUUUGAUGUAUUUGUACACCGAGGUGCCGGAGCCUACAUCUGUGGUGAAGAGACAGCUCUCAUUGAAUCCAUUGAGGGUAAGCAGGGCAAACCACGACUGAAGCCUCCAUUCCCAGCUGAUGUUGGCCUCUUUGGGUGUCCUACCACUGUCAAUAAUGUGGAGACUAUUGCUGUUGCUCCUACUAUAUGUCGCCGAGGUGGAAAGUGGUUCGCCUCGUUCGGCCGGCCACGUAAUUCUGGCACGAAAUUGUUCAACAUUUCGGGACAUGUGAACACUCCUUGCACGGUGGAGGAGGAGAUGAGUAUACCACUCAAGGAGUUGAUUGAGAGGCACGCUGGCGGCGUCACGGGCGGUUGGGAAAACUUGCUCGCUAUCAUACCUGGAGGAUCUUCUACACCAUUGAUUCCUCAAGAUGUAUGCACAACAGCAAUAAUGGAUUUCGACGGGUUGGUAGCAGCCCAGACUUCCCUUGGCACUGCGGCCAUCAUUGUUAUGGACAAGUCAACUGACAUAGUGAAAGCAAUUGCUCGCCUCAUCAUGUUCUACAAGCAUGAAUCAUGCGGACAGUGCACUCCCUGCAGAGAAGGUGUCUCAUGGAUGAACAAAAUAAUAUACAGGUUUGUAGAGGGCAAUGCGUCACCGAAAGAAAUCGACAUGUUGUGGGAGAUUUCCAAACAAAUUGAAGGACACACUAUCUGCGCGUUGGGUGACGGCGCCGCAUGGCCUGUUCAAGGUCUGAUUCGCCACUUCCGGCCGGAACUGGAGCGCCGCAUGCAGGAGUAUUCCGCCGUCAAUGGGCCCAGCAAGGCUGAGAGGCUAUACUAAUGCCCAUCUUGUACCUCACCCUCCAACAAUGUUCUAUUCACGGAGAAGAAUUAUUAGAUAUUAAAUGCUGUGAUCUAUGUACAAAGUGUUUUUGAUCAGUUCGUGUAAUUAUUACCAUUUACUAUAUAUGUAGGCAUACCAUAUAUAUAAAUGUUUUAGUAUCUAUUUCUUUAUCGGUGCUAAGUGUGUAUUUGGCAUUGAAACUGGAAUACUAAAACUUUAUUCAGUAAUAUAAAGGUGAAAAAUAGCUAGUAGUAUAAAUUAUUAAUAAACUCAGUAUUCUCACCUUUACUUAUAAACGUUAUGGAGGCUCACUGACAUUGACAUGACUCCUUUGUAUUAAAUUGUACGACAGAGAACGCACUAUAUAAGAUUUUCUCCGAGAAUAGAGUAUUGGGUAUGCCUUGUCGAUAUGAAAAUGGGCUAGUUGCGUAAUAAACGUAAUUUUGACGUAGAAAACGACGGUGUUUCGGCAGUUAUUAAAUUAAAUAAUUAGAACGCUAAAUACGGUGAUCGGUUUCCUCUGUUCUGUCUACACCGUAAGAUCUAGCGUGUAUAUAAAUAGUUAGAAAUGACACAAUCUUCAAUGAAAUGAAAUGAGCAAUCUUUUAUAAUUCCUUUUUCUGUAAUUUAGAGAGGUGCCGUAUAAUUUAUUUCAUAGACAAAAUGAGUCCUAUUUUUGUUCGUAAUAUUUAUUAUUAUCAUGGAAUCCGGUAAGCCAUAAUCGCUAUCAACUGUACGUAGCCUGCGGCCCAAAUAGUGACAUUCAUGUCAGUAAAAUGUAAACAAGUGAUUUUUUAAUUUAAUUGUACAAAAUAUGUUAAUA